GCUUCGCUGCACUGUCGUAUCGUGAUCAAAAUAUGACUUGUGUCUUGCGCAACAUCAAAAGUAGUUUGAAGAUGUGAAGCCGUUCUCAUCAAUCCCGCACGAUACACAUUUUUUCGUGGAAGGAAAUACGACACGGGACGACCCAUUGACUGAGCCAUUGUUGCGUGGUCUUUCCACCUUGCCGCGCCAGCAUGCUGUCGACGCGACGGCAGGCCACGGCGAGCUGCCGAGGGGUUUUGCAGCGACGAGGCUUUUUCGGAGUGAAGAGCCCAGUGGAGGUAGUACAACUUGUUGGUGGCAAUAUUUUCUGUGUCGUGCAACAUCUUGAUUUAUUUUGUACUCGAGCCUGUCAUGCAUAUUUGCAGCACCAGAUGAACAUCUCAACCAUUCUGAUUCUCACUCUUCAGGCCAGCAGCGGCGGUGUGUACGUGACAAAGUACCAGAUUACGAAAAAGGGGAAAGCCGGCGUCGAUUACGAUGACUUCCUGCUCACACUUAUCCUGUGUAAAAACGUCCCCACCCCAUAGCCAAGAUGGAAAAUCUGCUAGACAGAUCCAUAAGUUUUGGGAGUCACGCAUGACAAAUUUUUCUCUGUACCGCAAUGCGGGUUAGCAAGGACAACCGCAUCACAAAGCCAUCCUGGUAUCGUGUUUACAGCAUCACGAAUUGCAUAACACGAUUGAAAAUACCUCUCGUGGGGAUGCGCAUAUACAAGUUUUCCUGUGAUGGCAAUUCUGCAUGACAACUCUGGGUUGGGGACGUUUUUUCACAGGAUAACCCUCCCGCAGCGCGAUCAGCUGGCGUCGGAAACGAAGCAAGUGGAAUAUGGCCUGCUCAAACGUUGCAAUCUCAAACGUUACAUUAGAAUCUGGAUUUUGUAUUGCAUGAAGAGCAUGAGGAACGUAUAGAGAAUUGAGCUUUUCGCAAUACAAAUUGAGCCGAAUUCUCAAUGCAGUUUGGAGCCCCCGAAAUACUUGUUAUGCGAAAUCCUAUGGGAGUAGGCUAGAUCAUGCAGCUCUUGCAUCACAGAUUUCCAGACUCUUUUGUAACGUUUGAGAUUGUAACACCUGAGAGGGUUAUAUGGAACUGUUCUUGAAGUACCUAAAAGUGGUGACUGACCACGAAGCGAGAAGCGAUGACUUCAAGGACUUCUUGAAAAGAUCAAAGGACGGCCUGAUGGUGGAGUCGGACGUGUUUAUCACCACGGAGGAGCUGCUCAGCGCGAUGUGGGCGAACGGUUUCGCGGAGAAGGUUUGUGAUGAAAUUUGUGUUGCUUAAAGCAGACUGUCAGUCAUGUUGAUAGAUAUUUUUCGUAAGUUUUUCUUGCUCUUGCAUUAUGCUACUGAUCUCAGGUGAUGUUGACUACCGACGUGUUGAUCUGUACUUGAUGUGAACCGAAAAAAAUCCUACAGGAGCGAACUGCGGUGCAGUACACAUUCCCAGCCGAGUACAAAUUCCACUAUCCCGAGCUUGCCGUGCUGUUCAACAUAUCGGAGGAAGAUUGCUACAAGUACUGCAUGAGAAAACGAAUAGAAGCCAGCCACAUUGGUCAGCUGGACUCGAAAAAAAUGAAGCCCGGGGGCUGGGUCAGGGACCACUGGUAUAGAAUAGAUUGUGUUUUGCGAGGCAGUGUUUGCUCUUGUUGUUCCCGGUGCAUGACAAGGCUACACACACUUACUUACUUACAUCAAAAUGGUACGUCCACUUCGAAAUAUGUAUCAAUCAGGUUGAUUUUCGGGGCCUCGAUUUUCUUGCUGAAGACCUUUCCCUUAUGAAAUGUAAAAAUGUCUGGGUCUGGAAACUUGUGAUGCUGGGUGGCGUCUCAUGAUGAGGCCAGAAAUGCUGGCUCAGCAUCACAAGUUUCUGAGCUUCUAGGUGUUGCCUAUUCUGCAUUACAAACUGCGUUUCUGCAUCACAGAAAAAUGGAGCUCUUGGGUAACUUGCAUGACAGAUUUAAGAGUCAUGCCAGACAAGCAUGACAAACAUGCAUUCUUCCAGACCCAGACACUUUUACAUUUGAUAUCCCUUCUUCAACUACUACUUCGCCCUGAAAGGCUUCGGUACGGGCAUGUUUCUGUGGACGAGUUACACGGCGUUUUCCCGCUACAUCGGCGACGUGAUACAAAGAAACGAGUUUAUGGCCGCCCAGAAAACCGCACAAGACGUGAUGGAGGGCGAGGACAAGAUUAUGGCUGCCAUGAAGAGAUUUGCGAACGACAGCAAGUGCCUGGACCGCUUGGCCAGCUUCAGCUCGGAUUUGAGGGUGUUGAGAAGGAUUUUUCAAUGGUGCUGGUUACAUUGACAAAUUGAAUCAUUCGCUUCUUGUUUCGGAAGUUAGUAGUGCAUGACAAUGUAACAUCAACUCCAUCCACCUUUUCACUUCGUAAAAAAUAACCCCAUAUCAGCCCACCAUGGCGAGCUACCGCAAGGCGCUAAUCGAAGCGGAAAAGCAGCAGCUUAUCGCGAAAGCAAAGAAACAGCUCCAGUCCAUUCUCUCCUUUGAGGAUUCGAACGGCGCGAAGUUGCAGGAUAGUUUGGUCAAGGAAGUAAAAGCCGACUUCACCCGGAAGUUUGGUACCGAUGCGAGUAUGCAGUCCGCGGCAUUUGAGUCAGCGUUGACAGGUACGCACUUUUUGCUUUGCAGCUGCCUGUGCUUCAUGCCAUUGCUGAACGCCCGCGCGACCCUUUUCGAACAUCCUGGCGCGCCAGAACCCCCGACCCUGCCCCGACCCUGCCCCGACCCUGCCCCGACCCUGCCCCGACCCUGCCCCGACCCUGCCCCGACCCUGCCCCGACCCUGCCCCGACCCUCGCAGUUUGGCUGGGUUUUGCGCGCGGGAUCCGGCCGGAAGGGUUCCGGCCCCCCAUCCUAGGGCGCCGCCUUUCCUUGCAGUGCGUAGGACCUAUAGUGCCGACGAUUCGCGGGCACAUGCUCGUUUUCGCAUUUGUUCUGUUUUCCCGUCCUCGCAGAAGGGCCGAACAGUGGUCGAGCAAGGACCAGGAUGCAGGUCGCCCACUAAGGGCGUAUUUGCGUUUAAGUUGGCACUUCAUCACCUCCUCGUGCAUAUUUAGCGCGCAACCCCCUCCGCCCUAACAAAAAAUCCCAGGCAUCUCCGGCGAGACUUCGAAACAGGACCCGGUGCUGAACUUUUUCGCGGACAGCCUGAAGCAGAUUGACCUCUCGGGCAAAGCGAAGGCGAACGCGUCCGGCAGUGUGUCCGAGCGACUGGCCUUCAUGCAGCAGCAACAGGAGCAGGAGUUCGUGAAAACGUUCUACGUCACCGCCGAAGAGACGACCGCCGUGAAGUCCGCCAGCGACGAGGCGGCGAAGACGAAACUGAUGGAGCUAUCAAAUGCAAAUAUGUCUGGGUCUGGAAGAUUUCUCGAUUUAUCAUGCACAUUUUCCAUGGGCCAUGAUGUCUGUGAUGCAUGCCGUAGCAUCACAGAUUUUUAGAGGGCUUUGUGAUACCUCUACCGCAUGAGAAUUGCCCUCUCCGCGUAGCACAAACUGGAGUCCUCUUCCUGGUCAUGCAAUACACGUUUUUUUAGAAUCCAGAGACAGCAUCACAAGUUUAGAAUGUUCCAGACCCACACAUAUUUGCAUUUGAUACGAGCAGCUGUACAGCAAGUGUGGGUUCCACGUUCCCGGGGCCUACACCAUGACGGACGCGAAACCUCCAUCCGACAGCGGCAGUGACUACGUGAAGGAAGUCUCUGAUGCGGUCGGGAAACUGACCAAGGAGUUAGAGCAAAAACGGGCGGCCAGCUUGCAGGCUGCGUUUGCAUAGGACAAUGCUUGAGAAUUUGGUCGAGCAUUGGACCUAUGCAGGGCGAACGAAGAUGUGACGAACCUUUACAACAGCAUCGUGCAUAAGUUAGUACGCGGACAAGUGAAUGUGAGAUCUUUUCUUUACGUCGGAUGAAAAACUGAAUUCUUUGAUGCAACAAACUGAGCUUCUCUUUGCUCUCUUGGGUGGAAGUCUUGCACAGAUGAGCCGGAUGCUACGUUGAAGCUAUCUCUUUGUUUUUUUCGGAAGAAGAUAUGCAAGGAACACUAACGCAGGUCGUGUUCUUCUAACGAAAAGCACGCGAGGAAGAUGUAAAGUUCUUUGGGUUCCUUCUUAGGAGUGGAGAGGGCUUCACACACGCGAGGGGAAAGGGUAACAGAGUCUGGGGAAUGUACAGUUCUUGUAAAAAUGGAGCGGCAAGUCAGA